AUGCCAACAACAGCGGCAACUGCGUUUGCGGAACAACCUCGAAUCAUGCCUAGUCUGCCCACCGUUGACGGAAGCUCCUCGAUUUGUGUUUCGACGAUCCCUACUACGUCUAUCACUUGGUCCGCCGGCCCACGUAUUGCGACGCCUUUGUCGACAACUUCUGGCGCCUUCUCGACGCCCGCCGUACUCUCACAGGACAAUCAACGGUCCUCCAUCGCCGUUUCCAACAGUGCCUGGACCGCCCGCGUUGAUCAACCAACAUCCAGAGGCAUGCCGCCAUCCGUCAUGGCCACGGGCGGGUAUGUUGCGUACGGGUAUAGCCCUUCUGUCCCGCAAACAUAUUCUUCCGUUUAUGACGAUGAGCCGACCGUUGGUAUCCCCACAUACGGAGAAACUCCAGGACUGUAUGGACCCCAUGUCCCAGCCUCCAGCAUGCGUAUGUCCCCUCAGCUAGUCGUUGGCCAGUCUUCAGAGACAAUGGUCGCAGCUGCGGCACCAUUGCCAGCAGAUCGUAUUGUCAAUUCUAUGCCGUGUCCUCCGGAGCCGAUUUCAAGGCUCGGCUUGCUAGCUCAGGACUGGAUGCCUGUGUCACUAAGCCGGGAAGCUCGGAGCGCGCUGCCAAGUUAUAUUGACAUCUUUUGGGAUAAGGUACAUCCUUUUUACCCGAUUAUCCACAGAUCAACUGUGGAAGAUGGUGCAGGUGUCGUCCCAGAGCAUAUGGAUGUUUUACGAUGUGCCAUGGCUGCACUCGCGACACAGUUUCUGGGUCACCGGGAACAUCGUGUUAACGGCAGCCAACUUCACUCCUAUGCUUGGCACAAAUCGAAAGCUGUGUCUGGGUACUGCUCUGGGACUGUUCCGCAACCAUCCGGUGGCAACACUGAGCGUUGGAACGCGUGGAUAUACAUUGAGUCGUGCCGAAGACUGUUGGCUGCUUGCUUUCUUCUCAGUGUUCACGGCAUGUGCUAUCAUGAGCAACCAUAUUCUACUGUGCUGGGCUUGGACAAUCUGGCUGCAUCAAAAUUUCGCAUUGCUUUGUCGGGCAGCACAACGAACCUCUGGGAGGCUAGAAAUGCCGAGGCAUGGGCUGCGAUUGACAUGUCAACCAUCAUGUUGACUACGAUUGGGGAUUUCAUGGAGAAUCCGGCCUUGUCAACUACGGAAACAACACCAGCAUUCGAUGUGUCACUUGUCAUUGCCGCUCACGCCCUUCUGCUGCCAACCCGACAAAAUCGUCAGGAAGUAGAGUUGGUCCAGGACGUAUCCGCUUUCAACAGCAACGAUCUGCUCAUGUCGAAAUUCUUCAAUCGCCGCCCAGGCGCCAACACUUACCUCGCUUUACAUUAUACCCCGUUGAACGUUCUGCUGGCAGUCUCGGGCGAUAGCUGGGUUUUCAACAAGAAGAUACCUGAUGCAGGCCUGUUUGCUGAAUACAAGCGAAAGUUGGGCCAGUGGCGAGACUCGGGCACUUCUGCAAUUGCAACUGUAUUCGCAGCCCGGGCCAUUCGAGACUUCCUAGACCUUUCAGAUAAGCUAGGGCAAAACUUGGCACAGGCCAGCACCUCGUCCUACGGCAUGACGGCGUGCACAGAGAUUUCCGACUACUGGGGGUUGUACGUCUGUACCCUCAUCUGCUGGGCAUUCGGACACGUUGGCAAACGGACGACGACGGACAAGCGGCUCCCCGCGCGAAGCAGAGCCAUCAACUGGGUCCUCACGGUUGCGGAACUCGAACCCGGUCAACUCCAAGCCUUGCCGAAAGGGGAGGAUUCACAAGCCAUUAUAGGCUUUGUCCGAGACAUUCUAGAAAGGGACUGUCUCGGCGGGCGAAACAUCCUAUUCGCCGACUCAGUCGGGGUGCUGCGAAAGUUGGAAGAGGUGGACAACUGGAGCUGGUUCUAA